AUGCCCACCUGGGACACUCCAAUACACCAGCUUCCCGUUGAACUGCUCGCCAAAGUCUUCACCACCGUCGCCCAGGACGCCCCCUCGCCGCCAUCUCCCGCUUCAUGGCUACAACUCCUUCUCGUUUGCCGGCAUUGGAAGGAGGUGGCUUCAACAUGGGGUCCCCUCUGGCGCGUCAUUCACGUGAGCACGAACUUGGACUGGCUUCGUCUUUGCAUCAAGCGUUCGUCCCGAUCAUCUUCCAUCGAUGUUCACAUCAACGCCCUCCCCGCGGCCACGAUUGAAGUCGCCAUCCCGCAUAUCAUCACCCAGGCUCCCCGCGUCCGGGCGCUACACGUGACCGGGUACGCAGAGCCAUCCCAGAUGCUUUCCGCGCUCCUCGCUUGCUAUGAGCUACCCCUUCUCGAAGAGCUCUCCAUCCUCCCCCCUGGACGCCGCUCAGAAAGAGAGUACCAAUACAUGCUCAGCACCGCUCGCCACCCCCGCAUCCGGGCGCUCGCGCUUAGCGGCGCGACUGUUCCUCGCGAUAGCGGCUUCUUCGCCAACAUGCGUUCGCUCCGCCUCCACGACCACUGUUGCGAGCUGAGCAAACUCUCCUUCCUGGACCUCCUCGACGCGCUCGAGGCCGCGGCUCCGGUGCUCGAAGAACUCGACCUCUCUCGCUUCACCCCCUACGUCAACCCCGCCGGGCCCUCGGAAGAGACGGCGCAAGCGUUGCACUCGCACGCGCCCCUGCACUUCCUGCGCCUCCGCCGGUUCUGCGCCGAGAACUCGUCCGCCGCGGUCCUCCCGCUCAUGUACCACAUCCGCGGGCUCCCGGCGGACGUGACGCUGCACAUCCGCUGUGGGCUGCACCCUCUGGAUGCGGAGCGGCAUCGCACGCGCGCGCUCGAAGCGCUCGUGCCCUUCCACCUCCGGUACGCCCUCGGCCCGGCCCAAACUCUUGUCGCCACGUUCACCCGCAACCGGUUCUCCGCGCGCGCGAUCGUCUCCUCCCCCGCCUUCGCGCACCCGGAACGCACCACCAUCGAGCUGCACAACCUCACCCCCGACACCGCCCCGCGACUCGCGAUCCUCCCCACGCUCUUCGCCGUCGCCGCCCCGCACCUCGCCGCGCUCCACGUCCAGACGGACCGGCCCUCCGUGCAGGGCGACUGGGACGCGCUCCUGUCCACGUUCCCGGCGCUCACCCACCUGCGCGUCGAGGGCGCGCGCUACGCCCCGCUCGUCGCGCGCGCCCUCCUCGCGGCCGAGGGCCCCGUCGUCCGCCCGCACUACCGCGCCGGGGCCGGGGGAGACCGUGCGACCGCGGUCAUCGUGCGCUGCCCCGUGCUCGCAGAGCUCCGGCUCGACUGGGAGAACGAGCCGCCCGAUUCCAGGGGCGCGCUCCGCAAAUGGCUGGGAGAGGGCCUGCGCUCGCGCGCGGGGCACGCGCCGAAGCUGCGCCUGUUUGGGAUCUACAGGCUCCCGGGGAUGCGCGAAGGGGGGCUCCGGGACGCGUUCAAGUGGCUCGUCGAGGAGGGCCUGGUGGACGCGCUCGAAGUGAUGGGUUACCCGGCGAUGCAAGCUGCGCUGGGCGCGGUAAUCAAUGGUGUGGGCGGUGGCGGCGGAGAGCGAUGA